AUGUCAAGGGCUGCCAUACUUAUCAAGGAUUUGGUGAAAGGCAAUCAAGUCUGGAAGAUGCAAAUAAGGGUUGUUGAUUUGUGGGUUGUUAAGGAGAAAACAGGGCAACAACACCUUGAGUGUGUCAUUCAGGAUGUAAAGGGUGAUCAGAUUCACGUAAUCACGAGAAGCCGAGACUUCAAAGAGUGGAUUGAUCAAGUCAAAGAAAAUGAAACAUAUUCUCUUUACAAUGGAGAGCCGGUUGUUAAUGAUGGACCCUUCAAAGUUUGUGCAAACCCACUCAAACUUCUAUUCAAUGGAGGGACUACCGUGACAAAUGUGGCGUUUCCCGAAAUACCGCUUCACAAAUACAACUUUCAACCUAUCGAAAACUUUCUCAAAGGAAGCAUCAAGCAUGAUAUGUUAUACGAUGUCAUAGGUGUUUUACAGGAUGUGCUUCGGACGCAAGUGGGAGGAGGUGGUAGGAAGUCCUGCGCUAAUAUCACUUUGCGUGAUAUCGAAGGAAAUGUUAUAGAGGUUGUCUUAUGGGGUGAUUACUGCAAGCAAUUCUUGAGCUACAAUACCCCUGGAAAAAUGGCUGGCCCUACUAUUAUCAUCUUGACACAUGCGUGGUGCAAGCCAAACACAGGUUUAAUCAAAUAUUUGUCUAAACGCUUUGGAGAAAAUGAAUUAUCCAAUGCUCCUGAUCUUUCCCUGUCCUUAACCUUUGAUUCAUCCCUUCAAUCCUCUAACAAGAAUUGGAAGAGCCUCGACGAGGUCAAAAGCAUCCGUGAUAUCGCUGCGUUAGGAAAGGAUUCUUUCGCAACCACUAUUGGUACUACCAAAUAUUUCAAAGCUUCAAAGUUUGGUCUUCCGUAUCAAGUAUCAAUCUGGUUUCGAUCAAUUCUCUAUUGUAGCAAUACUUAA